AUGGGUUUCGGGAACCUUGCAGACUACCCAAGGCUGCUUGUGGCUGCCAAUCCCUCGCGACUUGAAUUGGGAACCCUCUUUGUUGGCCUGGCGUCUUCAAUUGCAUCGGGUGUCCCUUUCCCUAUCAUUGGUAUCAUAUUCGGCCAACUGAUCGAUGAUUUCAACGCAGUGACCUGCGAGGAAACUGCUGGCUCCUCGGGAGGUGACUCUAGCGAUCAGUCGGACAUCAACAGCAAAAUUCUGCUGAUCGUGUACUUGGGUAUUGCUCAAUUCGUUUUAAUCUACCUCCACCUACUAUGCUGGACGAUGACCGGUGCGCGCCUGGCGCAGCGACUCCGCGAAAAAUAUCUCCAGAACCUGCUCCGACAAGAACCUUCUUUCUUUGAUAACCUGCCCGCCGGAGAAGUUGCCUCUCGACUUAACACUGAUAUCCAAACAAUUCGCUCCGGUACAGCCGAGAAGGUCGGAAUCUGUAUCUCGAGUUUCUCCUUCUUCGUCACCGCAUACGUUGUUGCAUUUAUCAAAGACUCCAUUCUUGCCGCGAUGCUGAUUUCCCUGGUUCCCGCAUAUUUCAUCAUGUCAUUUGUUGGAAGUUAUUAUAUCGAGAAAUAUACUGGGCGCAUGUCGGAUUAUGCUGCUUCCGCUGCAUCGAUUGCUUCCGAAGCGCUCAACAACAUUGUUGUGGUGCAUGCCUUUGGUGCGAACGGUCGUCUGGAGGAGAAGUUCUCUAAGGCUCUGAAGGACUCGGAAACCGAGGGAUUGAAAAAGGCCACUGCCACUGGUAUUCAAGCCGGUGUCUUGUAUUUCGUCGCCUAUGGUGCGAACGGUCUGGCAUUCUGGCAAGGAAGUAAGCAGAUCGCCGCAGCAGUGCGCACUGAGUCGGCGGGUGCCACUGUCGGAGCUGUUUUCACUGUCAUCUUUGUCUUGGUUGAAGGUUGGUUUGAUUCGUACCUUACUCCGGAAUAUUUACUAACAUCAGCGACAGCUACCCUGCUUCUGAGUCAAGUUGCACCUUUCAUCCACUUAUUUACACAGGCCGUUGCUUGUUACCACAAGCUGCGUGACGACAUCGAGCGUGUAUCCUUGAUUGAUGGAUACUCGGAUGCGGGAAUUCGCCUCACCCAGGCGGAGGGCGGAUUUGAAUUCAAGGACGUCUCCUUCAUUUACCCCUCCAGACCCGAGAUCACUGUGCUUAACAAGAUCAAUCUCUCCAUUGCUCCUAAGAAGCACACAGCCCUUGUUGGCCUUUCUGGAAGUGGAAAGUCCACCAUUGCAGGUUUGGUUAUCCGCUUAUAUGAUGCCACUGAAGGUGAGAUCACUUUCGAUGGCCAGAAUAUCCGCGACGUCAAUACCCGUGACCUGAGAGGAUUCCUCAGUCUUGUGCAGCAAGAGCCCUCCCUCCUCGACAGAUCCCUCUUGGAGAACAUCGCACACGGCUUAGUAAACUCAAGCAAACCAGCCCAUGCACACUUGAAGACGGCACUCCUCGGAACCGAUCUCUCUGAUCUCGCGACUGAAGUCAGAGAUGGCCAGGAUCUUAUGACCGCAGCAGAGAGACGGGGCCCAGAAAUCGUCGAAAUCGUUCAAUUGGCCAAACAGGCUGCUGCGCUUGCCGAUGCCGAUGGCUUUAUCGAAGCAUUGCAGUAUGGGUACGCCACAAUGGUUGGCUCUAGUGGUCGACUCAUCAGUGGUGGUCAAAAGCAACGAGUCUCUCUUGCCCGUGCGCUUGUCAAGGAUCCUGCUGUUCUCAUUUUGGAUGAAGCCACCGCUGCUCUGGAUUCACGCAGUGAACAGCGCAUCCAGCGGGCUAUCAACAACAUCUCAACUGGUCGAACCGUCAUCACUAUCGCUCAUCGUCUGUCAACAAUCACAAACGCUGAUAAGAUUGUCUGUAUGCACAAGGGAGACAUUUUGGAGGAAGGUACUCAUUCGGAGUUGAUGGCUGGAAAUGGACCUUACUCUGAGCUGGUCAAAUUGCAGACUCUCGGAGCCGCAUCCGCAUCCAGCAAGACUGAUACCACUGCCAGCAUUGAGAGCAUCAGCAAGUCCGAUGCUACCUCUAUUACCGACGUCGAGAACGAGAAGGGUGGUCUUUCAAAUGACUUCGAACCCACAAAGGAAACCCGUGUCUCAACCACUGAGGCACCAGCUGGUGACUCUGAGGAGGAGGAAGAGGAAGAGCCUGAGACCCCGGUCAAAUCCGUGUGGGCUCUUUGCAAGGGUUAUGCACCAGCCCUCAAGCCUCAUUUGCUUGUCAUUUUCGCUGCUCUUUUCGGUUCCAGCAUGGUUGGCGGAGCCUUCUCUGGUGAAGCUGUUAUUUUCGGAAACACGGUCGGAAGUUUGAAUCCUUGUUUCAGUGCGGCCAGUAUCAGCGAACGGGGUAACUUCUACGGUCUGAUGUUCUUCGUUCUUGCGAUCAUCGAGUUCUUUGCAAACAUUGUUAGCUGGGGAGGAUUCGGCCUCGUCUCUGAGAAAAUCGUCUACAAAGUGCGAGUCUUGUCAUUCCGGUCACUAUUUGAACAAGAUCUCCAGUGGCAUCAGUCUAACGGCCGAUCACCUGCCCUACUUCUGUCCUAUAUUACCAGAGAUGGAAAUGCCCUUGCUGGAAUGAGCGGAUCUGUCAUCGGAACUCUGUUCUCUAUCACCGUUAACCUCAUCGCCGCCAUUAUUUUGACCCACAUUAUUGCCUGGAGAAUUGCCUUGGUCUGCCUAGCCCUCGUCCCUCUCCUGCUCGGAGCUGGUCUCAUGGAGCUGAUGGUCCUCGGCAAAUUCGAGGAUCGUCAUGAAAACGCCUACACCAAGUCUGUCGACAUCGGCGUGGAAGCAGUUACCUCUAUCAAGACAAUCGCCUCUCUUUCUCUUGAGGAAAACACUCUGAAGACCUACCGACGAUCCCUGAAAGGACCUCGCAAGGAGACAUUCAUGGUCACUGUGCAGGCAAGCUUAUGGCAAGCCAUGACCUACUUCUUGGGUAACAUGGUGAAUGCAUUAGCAUACUGGUGGGGUUCCAAGCAGAUCAUCAAUGGCAACUACACCCAAACUCAGUUCUUGAUUGUUGUCUUCUCGCUCCUGGUCAGUGCUUUGCUUUGGAGUCAGAUGUUCGCGCUCGCGCCCGAGCUUUCUGCCGCGCGAUCCGCAAUGUCCAGAAUCCUUGGCCUGAUCGAGAUCGGUAAAGACAAGAUGGAUUCCCGGCUCAUUCCAUACAACAACAAUGAUGUCGAGGCGACUGAAGAGAAGCCUACCUACAACUCUGGAAGCUCAGCCUCAAGUGUGCAGCUCCGCGAUGUCCACUUCUGUUACCCUGCCCGGCCGGACAUGAAGGUGCUGAAGGGCUUGAAUGUCGAUAUUCGCCCCGGCAAGUUCUGUGCCCUGGUUGGACCCAGUGGUGCCGGUAAAUCGACCAUUAUCUCCCUAGUCGAACGCUUGUACACACCUGAAUCUGGUUCUAUCGUGAUCGACGGUGUCGACGUGACCAAGACCUCGGAUGUCUCUUUCCGUGACUGGAUUUCCCUUGUGCCCCAAGACAGCGUUCUCUUCGAGGGAAGCAUCGAGUUCAAUGUUGGUCUCGGUGCCCGGCCCGGUCACAAUGUCACUCUUGAAGAAAUUCAGGAGGCUUGCAAGCUCGCAAACAUCCACGAUGUUAUCACUUCAUUGCCCGAUGGCUACCAGACCCUCUGUGGACCCAGUGGUAACCAGUUCUCUGGAGGCCAGAAGCAGAGAUUGUCCAUCGCUCGUGCUCUUGUUCGCAAGCCCAAGCUUCUGAUUCUUGAUGAAUCGACUAGUGCUUUGGACGCUGAAUCCGAGAAGCUCUUGCAAGAUGGUCUGGAGAAGGCUGCACGGGGAAUCACUGUCAUCGCCAUCGCUCAUCGUCUUCACACCAUCCGGAAGGCCGAUGUCAUCUUCUUGAUUGAUGGUGGUGUAUGCACUGAUUCUGGAUCUCAUGACGAAUUGCUUGAGCGGUCCGAUAGCUACCGGGCAAAUGUCAUGCACCAGACAGUGGCGACUUGA